AUGAAUAACGUCCACAACGAGAUCCGCGACUUCCUUCAAGGCGACUUCCAAGAACGUGCUUUCCCACCCAUGGACAAAGCAAACCGCAAAGCCCUCCACGAAAUCUGCACCGCUCUCAACCUCAGCUCCAAAUCCAAAGGCACCGGCAAGAAGCGCUUCCCAAUCAUCUACAAAACCUCUCUCACCACAGAAUACGACGAAACAAUGUUCUUUAAAAUCACAUCAGCUUCUUCGCGCGGUUUUCUCUCGAACCACAGCAAAGCGGGCAAAUUCGCUAAGAAGACUCGCGGUGGUGGACGUUUUGACAAAGCUGCCGUUUCGGUUCGUAAUGGUGAGAUUGUCGGUGCUGGAGCCGCGGAAAUCAGUCAUACGGGUUUCGGUGCUAAACUUAUGGGUAAAAUGGGUUGGAGUAAGGGUAUGGGUCUCGGUAAGGAUGGGGAGGGGAUGAAGGUUCCUGUUGAGCAGGUCAUUAGGCUCGGGACUGCGGGUUUGGGAUGAGCGGGUGUGGGGAGGAGGAGAAGGAGUGUGUGAGUCUUGCGAUUAGGGGAUGAAAUGAAUCAGCUCAGUGCUCUUUUCAUGCUGCAUCUUUGAUUUCGUGGAUGCUGGGCUACGGCGGCGCUGGGCUUCGUUAGGGUUCCGCUACGCCUUAGGGUAAAUCUUGGCGGACGAUGAGGUUACCAACCUUCUUCAAUCAACUUGAGAUUUACUGUCGUG